GCCACCCGACAAUCAACAACUUGCAACACUUUGGCUGAACUCGGUACCUUGCCUUGGCUGGCUAUUUAUGUGCACAAUAAUAUUUCCCGACUGCGCAACACCGGAGAAAAGUUGUCUGUCCACGAGGCACAACACCUGCAGUUGCGCGGGCAACCGUACCGAGGAGCACUAAAAGUACCUUGGUAGUUCGACUGUGGCCGAGUAUUCCGCUUUCCCCCAAACCUUGGUGUUUGCUUGAUUCCGUCCAGCCACCACCCGAUUUCGACGAACACUAGAUUUCUACACAAUUCCGGCUUUGCAUGCGCUACGAUUGAUGCCGCCGUAUACUCUCAGUCUUGUCGGAAUUAGACGGGCGAAACGUCCACAGGACGCAGGAUGGCGGGCACGGGCGAUUUCGAUCUGAGCAGUCUCUCUGCAAGCCAGCAGGAGGCUCUCCAGCAGUACACAGAUGUCACAAGCCAGGAUAUCAAGGAUGCAAUCCCUCUUCUCGAGAGGUCCCAGUGGAACGUGCAGAUUGCGAUUGCCAAGUUCUUUGAUGGCGAAGGCCCCGACCCCGUCGCCGAAGCCCAGGCGGCGCACGAUAAUAUCCCCCGGGCCGCAGCGAGACACGAAAACCUACACGAGAGCUUGCUAGAUGCUAGCAUUCGACCACACCGGCCGACAAGGCGACCUCAGACAGAGCCCGCCCCACGGGUAGUGCCCCCGCCCUCGGUGCUGUAUCGUACGCCGUUCCUGGUCGCCAUACUCUUUGCGCCCUUUCGAUUCGGAUACAAAGUCUUUGCCGGCGUCUUUCGGUCGCUCUUCUACUUCCUGUCAUUCCUACCACAGUCUAUACGGCCGCGGCUUGUGGCAUCUUCGAUCUCGAAGGGAUUGAGGCAAACGAGCGGGCGAAGAGUGACCCUCCCCAAGGAAACAGCCCAGCGGUUUCGGCGUGAUUUUGAGGAAGAAUACGGAGCGCACGGUCUCCCCUUUUACGAGGGCGGCCAUGCACAGGCGUUAGACACAGCCAAGAGGGAUCUCAAAUUCCUGCUGACGGUUUUAUUAUCCCCGGAACACGACGAGACGGAGACCUUCGUCCGGAGCACGCUCUUGUCGCCCGAGGUUGUGAGCUUUAUCAACGACCCCGCCAACAAUGUUAUUGUAUGGGGAGGAAAUGUGCUGGACUCGGAGGCAUACCAGGUCGCCAGGGAGUACAACUGUACCAAAUACCCCUUUUCUUGCGUCGUCUGCCUCACGCCCAAGGAGGGUAGCACACGCAUGGGCAUCGUAAAACGCCUUGUCGGUCCCCUGUCAUCGGAAUCAUACCUCGCUGGGAUCCAGGGCGCCAUCACCAAGCACAGCGCCGACCUCAACGGCGUCCGGUCAGAGCGAGCCGCGCAGGAGAUGGCCCGCGACCUCCGGUCUCAACAAGAUUCGGCCUACGAAAGGUCCCUGGCCGCGGACCGGGAGAGAGCGCGCCAAAAGCGGGAAGCGGCGGCGGCGGCGGCCGAUGCAGAGAAGCGCGCGCAGGAGGAAGCCGAGGCCGCGGUUCGCCUACAGGAGCAGCGGCGGAAAUGGAGGGAAUGGCGGGCCACCACCAUCGCACCGGAGCCCGAUGCCGCAGCAAAAGACGCCGUCCGUCUGGCACUCAACAUGCCUCCCUCGUCAGGCGCCGGUCGGGUGAUUCGCAAAUUUGCUAGCACGACGACACUGGAGGAACUGUACGCGUUUGUAGAGUGCUAUGAACUCUUGCAAGACGAGCCUGGGGAGAAGGGGCCAGAGAAGCCCGAGGGCUACGAACACAAGUACGGGUUUCAGAUCGCAUCAGUCUUGCCGCGGGAAGCAUUCGAGCCGAGUGUGGCGGCAACGGUCGGGGAGAAAAUGGGCAGGGGAGGCAACCUUGUGGUUGAGGAUAUCUCCCCCGACGAGGAGGGAGAAUAGCCCGGUUGGUUAUGUAGUUGAUAGGAUGGGAGAGGUGUACAUCUAACUUCAAUUUACCGAGGAAUUAUUUCUUCCCC